AUGCAGCCCGUGUACGCGGAGGUGAAGCCCAACCCGCUGCGGGACGCGAACCUCUGCUCGCGCGUGUUCUUCUGGUGGCUCAAUCCCUUGUUUAAAAUUGGUCAUAAACGGAGAUUAGAAGAAGAUGAUAUGUACUCAGUGCUCCCUGAAGAUCGCUCUAAGCACCUUGGGGAGGAGCUGCAAGGGUUCUGGGAUAAAGAAGUUUUAAGAGCCAAGAAUAAUGCACAGAAGCCUUCUUUAACAAAAGCAAUCAUAAAGUGUUACUGGAAGUCCUAUUUAAUUUUGGGGAUUGUCACAUUAAUUGAGGAAUCCAUCAAAGUAAUUCAGCCCAUAUUUUUGGGGAAAAUUAUUAAUUAUUUUGAAAAUGAUACUGCGGAUUCUGUGGCUUUGCACACAGCUUAUGCCUGUGCCACGGUGCUGGUUGUCUUGACACUGUUUUUGGCCAUACUGCACCACUUAUAUUUUUAUCAUGUUCAGUGUGCUGGGAUGAGGUUAAGAGUAGCCAUGUGCCAUAUGAUUUAUCGGAAGGCACUUUGUCUUAGUAACAUGGCCCUGGGGAAGACAACCACAGGCCAGAUAGUCAAUCUGCUGUCCAACGAUGUGAACAAGUUUGACCAGGUAACCAUCUUUUUACACUUUCUGUGGGCAGGACCACUGCAGGCCAUUGCAGUGACUGCUCUGCUCUGGAUGGAGAUAGGAAUAUCGUGUCUCGCUGGGAUGGUGGUUAUAAUUAUUCUUCUGCCUUUGCAAAGCUGUCUCGGGAAGUUGUUCUCAUCACUGCGGAGUAAAACUGCAGCUUUCACGGACACCAGGAUCAGGACCAUGAAUGAAGUUAUAACUGGCAUAAGAAUAAUCAAAAUGUAUGCUUGGGAAAAGUCAUUUGCGGACCUUAUUGCCAAUUUGAGAAGAAAGGAAAUUUCCAAGAUACUGAGAAGUUCCUACCUCAGAGGGAUGAAUUUCGCAUCAUUUUUCACCUCAAACAAAGUAAUUGUGUUUGUGACUUUCACCUGCUACGUGCUCCUUGGCAACGUGAUCACAGCCAGCCGGGUGUUUGUGGCAUUGACGCUGUACGGGGCUGUGCAGUUGACUGUCACCCUCUUCUUUCCCUCUGCCAUCGAGAAGGUGUCAGAGGCGAUCGUCAGCAUCCGAAGAAUCCAGAGCUUUCUGUUACUUGACCAGAUAUCACAGCGCAACCCUCAGCUGGUGUCGGAUGGUAAAAGGAUAGUACACAUAGAAGAUUUUACUGCUUUUUGGGAUAAGGCAUCAGAAACCCCAACCCUACAAGGCCUUUCUUUUACCGUCAGACCUGGUGAAUUGUUAGCUGUGAUUGGACCCGUGGGAGCAGGAAAGUCAUCGCUGUUAAGUGCUGUGCUUGGGGAGCUGCCGCCAAGUCAGGGGCUGGUCAGCGUGCAUGGAAGAAUCGCCUAUGUUUCUCAGCAGCCCUGGGUGUUUUCAGGAACUGUGAGGAGUAAUAUUUUAUUUGGGAAGAAAUAUGAAAAGGAACGAUAUGAAAGAGUAAUAAAGGCUUGUGCUUUGAAAAAGGAUUUACAGCUUUUGGAGAAUGGGGACCUGACUGUGAUAGGAGACAGGGGAACCAACCUGAGUGGAGGGCAGAAGGCGCGUGUGAACCUCGCAAGAGCAGUGUAUCAAGACGCCGACAUCUACCUCCUGGACGAUCCUCUCAGUGCGGUCGAUGCGGAAGUUGGCAAGCACUUGUUUGAACUGUGUAUUUGUCAAACCUUGCAUGAGAAGAUCACAAUUCUGGUGACUCAUCAGUUGCAGUAUCUCAAAGCAGUGAGUCAGAUCCUGAUACUGAAAGAUGGUAAAAUGGUGCAAAAGGGGACUUACACUGAGUUUCUGAAAUCUGGGGUCGAUUUUGGUUCCCUUUUAAAGAAGGAAAAUGAGGAUACUGAACAGCCUCCGGGUGCAGGAUCUCCCACGCUAAGGAAUCGGACCUUCUCAGAGACUUCGAUUUGGUCUCAACAGUCAUCUCAGCCCUCACUGAAAGACGGUGCUCCAGAGAGCCAAGACAAUGACAACGUACAGGUAACGCUGUCAGAAGAGAGCCGAUCUGAAGGAAAAAUUGGUUUUAAGGUGUAUAAGAAUUACUUCACAGCUGGCGCACACUGGAUUGUCAUCAUUUUCCUCAUUCUUAUAAAUGCUGCAGCUCACGUUGCCUUUGCUCUUCAAGACUGGUGGCUUUCUUACUGGGCAAACAAACAAAGUAUGCUGAAUGCCACUGCAAAUGGAAGAGAAAAUGUAACUGAGAAGCUAGAUCUUAACUGGUACUUAGGAAUUUAUUCAGGUCUAACUGUAGCUACUGUCCUCUUUGGCGUAGCAAGAUCUCUGUUGGUAUUCUACUUCCUUGUUAAUUCUUCACAAACAUUGCACAACAAAAUGUUUGAGUCUAUUCUGAAAGCUCCGGUAUUAUUCUUUGAUAGAAAUCCAAUAGGAAGAAUUUUAAAUCGUUUCUCCAAAGACAUUGGACAUUUGGACGAUUUGCUGCCCACGACAGUUCUAGAUUUCAUCCAGUCAUUUCUACAAGUGGUUGUUGUGGUAGCUGUGGCCGUGGCCGUGCUUCCUUGGAUCGCGAUACCUUUGGUUCCCCUUUGCAUCAUUUUCAUUUAUCUCCGGCGAUAUUUCUUAGAAACAUCAAGAGACGUCAAACGCCUGGAAUCCACAACACGGAGUCCGGUAUUUUCCCACUUGUCAUCUUCUCUCCAGGGGCUCUGGACCAUUCGGGCAUACAAAGCUGAAGAGAGGUUUCAGGAACUGUUUGAUGCACAUCAGGAUUUACAUUCGGAGGCUUGGUUCUUGUUUUUGACGACGUCCCGAUGGUUCGCGUUGCGUUUGGAUGCCAUCUGUGCCUUAUUUGUCAGCAUUGUUUCCUAUGGGACCCUGAUUCUGGCACAAACUUUGGAUGCUGGACAGGUGGGCUUGGUGUUGUCCUACGCGCUCACCAUCAUGGGGAUGUUCCAGUGGUGUGUUAGACAAAGUACUGAAGUUGAGAAUAUGAUGAUUUCUGUAGAAAGGGUGAUUGAAUAUACAAACCUUGAGAAAGAAGCACCUUGGGAAUACCAGAAACGCCCGCCGCCGGCCUGGCCCCAUGAAGGAGUGAUUAUCUUUGAUAAUGUUAACUUCAUGUACAGUUUAGAUGGGCCUCUGGUACUGAAGCACCUGACAGCACUCAUUAAAUCACAGGAAAAGGUUGGCAUUGUGGGAAGAACAGGAGCUGGAAAAAGUUCCCUCAUUUCAGCCCUUUUUAGAUUGGCAGAACCUGAAGGUAAAAUUUGGAUUGAUAAGAUCUUGACAACUGAGAUUGGACUUCACGAUUUAAGGAAGAAAAUGUCAAUCAUUCCUCAGGACCCUGUUUUGUUUACUGGAACAAUGAGGAAAAACCUGGAUCCCUUUAAUGAGCACACGGAUGAGGAGCUGUGGAAUGCCUUAAAUGAGGUGCAGCUUAAAGAAGUCAUUGAAGAUCUUCCUGGUAAAAUGGAUACUGAAUUAGCAGAAUCAGGAUCCAAUUUCAGUGUUGGACAGAGACAACUGGUGUGCCUUGCCAGGGCAAUUCUUAGGAAAAAUCAGAUAUUGAUUAUCGACGAAGCGACAGCAAAUGUGGAUCCAAGAACUGAUGAGUUAAUACAAAAAAAAAUCCGGGAGAAGUUUGCCCAUUGCACCGUGCUAACCAUCGCGCAUAGACUAAACACUAUUAUUGACAGUGACAAGAUAAUGGUUUUGGACUCAGGAAGACUGAAAGAAUAUGAUGAGCCAUAUGUUUUGCUGCAAAAUAAAGAGAGCCUAUUUUACAAGAUGGUGCAACAACUGGGCAAGGCAGAAGCCGCUGCCCUCACUGAAAUAGCAAAACAGGUAUACUUCAGAAGGAAUUAUCCAGAUAUUGCCCAGACUGACCAUGUGGUAAUGAACACUUCCAAUGGACAGCCCUUAGCCUUCGCUAUUUUUGAGACCGCACUGUGAUUCUACCAAGAUGUCACACCUAUUCCGGAGGCAUUUUCUAAUAGUUUUUGCACUGUGUAAACUGCAUUGUACUUUUUAUACUCGAUCAACAAAUAUUUGUACAUAUGUGAUGUUAGUUCAUUUGGAUUUUCCCCCUCACUUCAUCCAGUGACGUCAAGCUCUAACAAAAUGGUUUAUUUUUAUUUAAAUGUUGGUUUUUUUAAAAUCCAAAUCAGAGGUGCAGGCCACCAACAAAGGGUGUCUACCAGGUUUUGUGCCUUAAGAGACUCCAGAGCCAAAGCUCAUUUUUAAGGAAUAGGGCAAAAAUUGGUACAGUUUUGGGUUUGUGUGUGUGUGUAUGUGUGUAUUACUACCCCCAAAAUUACACGUUAAUUUCCAGUUGUAUCAGGGAUUCUGUUUACUUGAAGACAGCGUGAAGUUGCCGUUUUGUC